GUAACCAGGCUUGCAAGCUGCAACCCUAUCAAGACGCCGGAGAGGGUAUAAAGAAAAAAAAUCGAGCCGCUUGAGCCGAAAGAAAAACGCGCAGCCACCGAGAAAAAUUUCAAAUAAACACACAGCACUGUUAGCUGACGAAACGUGUCUGGAUUUUUCAUCUGAGUCUGCGUCGGUCGUACAACAAAAAGCGAGCAAAAAAAAAUCGACGACAAGAAAAUGUCGGACAUCUCCAGCACUCAGCUCCGCAGCGAGAUUCAGUCGGUGCUCAAGGAUGCCGAUCUGUCGACCAUUUCGGCCAAACGGGUGCGCGAACAGGUCGAAAGCAAAUUGAACUGUUCGCUGCUGAGUCGCAAGAAGGAGUUCGACAAGAUCGUCAUGGAGGUGAUCAACGAACAGCAGGAGGACGAUGAUGAUGACGACGAGGAGGAUGAUGGCAAGGAUCCGGAUGCGGAGCCCGCCGAUGAUAGUGAACCGAGCGAGGAGGAGGAGGCCGCCAGCAGCAGCGAGGAGGAGAAACAGACGCAGACGAAGAAGAAACCGGCACCCAAGAAACGUCCACAGCCGACCAAGCACAAGCAAUCCAAGAAGAAGCGCAAGAGCCUCAACGCCGAUGAUUCCGGUACCGAAAGCGAUGCCGGCUCCGAUUCCGAUUAUGAGGUGGUCAAGAAACCGGCACCCAAAAAGAAGGCAGCCAAAUCCGGUGGCGGCAGUGGCUCUGGCGGCACUCCACGCAAAAGCACCGGUUUCACACGCGCCUACAAUCUAUCGCCGGAACUAUCGGCUCUGAUGGGUGCCGACUCCUUGCCACGCCACGAAGUGGUCAAGAAGGUGUGGGCCAUCAUCAAGGAGCGCGACCUGUACGAUCCGAAGAACAAGCAGUUCGCCAUCUGUGACGACGAGCUCAUGAAGGUCAUGAAAAUAAAACGCUUCCGCACCUUUGGCAUGCUUAAGCACCUCAAGCCCCAUUUCCUCACCGAUUAAGAGAUCAGUCCACCCACACCCCCGAUCCCAUCCAGAUGCAAUUGAAGAGCAAGCGGCAAAACACACACACACACAUACCUACACACACACACACACUCAUUCGCAUUUCAUCGCUUAACAUUUAAGUCCUCUUUUUCGAUGAUCCCUUUUCGGCUUUGCAACUAUUUUCGUUUGUUCCCCAUUUAAGCAUUAAUUUUCGUCGUCAUUGACUUAAAUAUAUAUAUUUUCCCUUCUUCUUUUUGGGUUCACCCAGCAUUGUGUUAGGCUUAAACAAAAAGAAAAAAAAAACCAUAAUUAGGACGAACGAGAAUCUACAAAUAUUUUUAUGUAGUUUACGGCAUUUUAAGUAACGUACAACAAAAAAAGAAAAAUAAACAAAAUUGUAUAAUUUUUUGUAACGUGUAAUUUACAAUUAAUGGUAAAAAUAUCAAAGAAACAUUACAAAUUUUAAGGCAUGAUAUCAAAUAAUAAAAAAGAAAACAAAACAAAUAGACGAGUGAUGCAUCUGAUAAAAGCAAAAAAAAAAAAAAACAAAUCAAAAGUUUUCCAUGUAUUCUUCAAGUGGGCUCGGGGCAAAUAUAUAAAAAAAAA